AAUAAAUUACCAACCAUCUGUUGCAGCGGUGACAGAUAACGAUAACGAUUUUUUAUAAGUUGUCUCCCUUUAACAAUUGUUUACCAUUAAUUCUAUCUCUCCAGGGCUACUUACGUGGUUUACAGGUGUUUUGUCACGUACAUUAUAUAUACACGAAUACAGAUUAAUCUGCGUUAAAUGGCAGCUGUAAUAGAGACCCUAAUUGAGUGUAGCUGUAAAACAGUGGGGGAGGGUCCGCACUGGGACGGUCAAUCACAGACGUUAUUGUAUGUGGACAUAAUUGACGGGUCAUUACAUCGCUGGUCAUCUGUUACAGGACAGGAUGAAAAACAUACUUUUGGUAAGUAUGAUAUCGUUAAAUAUAUAGGUAAUGCUCGUGUUGCAAUAGACUUUGACGACGAAGAGAGACAACUUACUGGGUUUCCAGACGGGAUGACAAUAGAUGUUGAUGGAAACAUUUGGGUAGCAUGUUUUAAUGGUGGAACACUUGUCAAAUUUAAUCCAAACACAGGUAGCCAAAUAUCAUCGAUUGAAGUGCCUGUUUACCGCCCGACAUCUUGUUGUUUUGGAGGUCCAUACUACGAUCAACUGUUUAUCACUUGUUCACGUUAUGAAUUGUCAGAGGAAGAAUUAAAGCAAACACCGCUUGCUGGUUCCGUAUUUCGCAUUUGUAAUCUGGGAACACGAGGGACUCCGGCUCCUAUCUAUGAAGGAACAAUCGAGAAAUGAUAUUUCGUUGUGCAACAUGCUUUGAAUGUUGUAAUAAUCAUUAUUUGCAGGUUCAUUUAAGUGCAAAGAAUAUAUAUUCGGUCAACUUUUUACUUUAUUUAUAUAGUUCAAAUUAAUACUUGUGCACUAGAUUUUUGACAUUUUGAGUUUUUAUCUGUCUGCCUCAAUUUAACAGACUGAAAUCUGCCCACACUUGUAGUUUUUGUUUACAGUUUUCAUUUAUUAAUAAUAUGAAAGAAAAUUAAUAUUUUCUACAACACUAACGAACAUGUACAGUGACCUGUUGUCUUGUUUCUCAAGUUGAACUACUGUAUUUGUAAGCAGUCAGCCGCAUGACGUUUUGCCUGAACAUUUUUAACGCAUGAAGUAUUUUCUAUUUUGGUAAACAGACUUUGAUUUUAAAACAACUCAUUUUUAUAUGCCCGAAAGAAUUUCGGGCAUAUUAUGUUAUACCCCCUGGCGUCCGUCUGUCCGUCCGUCCGUACGUCCGUCCGUCCGUCUGUUAGCAAUUUGGUUUCCGGAGCAUAACUUAAGUUCCAUUUGGCCCACAGUAUUCAAACUUCAUAGGAUGAUUGCCCAUAUUGGGUAGAAGACCCCUAUUGAUUUUGGGGUCACAAGGUCAAAGGUCAAGGUCACUAUUAGCUAAAUACUGAAAUGGUUUCCGGAGCAUAACUUAAGUUCUAUUUGACCCACAGUAUUCAAACUUAAAAGGAUUAUUGCCCAUAUUGGAUAGAAGACCCCUAUUGAUUUUGGGGUCACAAGGUCAAAGGUCAAGGUCACUAUUAGCGAAAUACUGAAAAUGGUUUCUUGAGCAUAACUUAAGUUCCAUUUGGCCCACAGUAUUCAAACUUCAUAGGAUGAUUGUCCAUAUUGGGUAAAAAAACCCUAUUGAUUUUAGGGUCACAAGGAUAAAGGUCAAGGUCACUAUUAGCUAAAUACGUAAAAUGGUUUCCGAAGCAUAACUCAAGUUCCAUUGGACCCACAGUUUUCAAACUUCAUAGGAUGAUUGUCCAUAUUGGGUAGAAGACCCUUUUGAUUUUGGGGUCACAAGGCCAAAGGUCAAGGUCACUAUUAGCUUAAUACUGAAAAUGGUUUCCGGAGCAUAACCUAAGUUCCGUUUGGCCCACAGUAUUCAAACUUCAUAGGAUGAUUUGUCAUAUUGGGUAGAAGACCGCUAUUGAUUUUGGGGUCACAAGGUCAAAGAUCAAGGGAUUACUAUCACCUUUAAACUGGAAACAUUUUCGCUCAAUAACUCAAGUAUUAAUCGAACUUCAGCUGUAAAAUUUUAUAGGAUUAACAGCUUUAUACCCCUGACGUCUUGGUGUCCAUCCAUUUUAGCAUUUUUACUUGCAAGAUAACAACUUGAUGGUGGUGCUUUGAAAACAGCAACUGCAUAUAUACAUGAAUGUUCUUCAGCUAUAAAGGAGGAUUGCUUUUUGAAGGAGGUAAUACUGUAUUUAAUUCCAAUGUCUUCCUCCCUAAAAGAAAGAGUACUUUCGGGCAUAUAAUGCUCCGCCUAGCGGUGCUCUUGUUAUUUUUAUAUCUGCUUAUUUGUUUCAGUUUAGUAAAUUUAAAUCAAUAAUAAACGACUAAAUGUCAUCAUUA